GUUCUCAAACUGAAAGUUAAAGCUGGGGCCAAAACGUUUGUUCCAAUGGAAACUAGUUUCUGGCGGCCUGUAAAUGCGACGCCUCUAAGGUUCUACCUUCCAGCUGCCCCAAGCCACCCAGCUGUACCCGCUGCUCCAACUUUUCCCUACUCGUCUUUGUACUUCGGAUACGCCAGCUCAGAGAUUUCGUUUUAUGUUCCAGGAUAUGUAAGUCCAUGUUUUCAUCAAGGCUUUCAUGAAAUUCCGACCCAACGCAAGAAUGAACAAAAACCAACUCAGUCAUACAUUGGUCUCAUUGGAAAAGCAAUUCUAAGCUCUCCACAGCAGAAACUUGUUCUUGGCGAUAUCUACAACUACAUUCUAACAAAUUACCCUUACUUCGGAAAUAAAGGACCUGGAUGGCGUAACUCCAUACGCCACAACUUAUCAUUAAAUGAUUGCUUUGUUAAACUGGGUCGCUCUCCAAACGGCAAAGGACACUUCUGGGCAAUCAAUCCACUUCACUAUGAGGAUUUCAGUCGUGGAGAUUUAGGGUACAAGCGGAAAAGAUCUUCCAAAAAAAGUCAGAGAAGCAUUACACCGGAAAAAAGUUUACAGACAUUAGAAAAAGGUCAAGGCUGGAAAUCAUGUAAAGAUGUUGUUCCUCUGUGUGCCAAAGAGGAAGUUCGUCAGGGCGAUAACAGUUUCACACACAGUCAAAGUGGAUUGCGCCAAAGAAGUUUUCACAUCGAAAACAUUUUAUCCGAUUGAAUGAAACUUUACGGCAUUGAAAAACAUAUAACUGUUUCUUGGAUUUUAUGUGGAGUUCAUAUAAAUGUAUAAUGCACCCGAUUCUAAGGUGUUUGUGACGGUUCUGGGUAACACUUAUAGGUUUACACUUUUCAAAGGAGUCUU